AAUUGUACAAAUUUAUGCAAGUUGUAUAGUUUUUGUAGCAAUAGACUUUAUUAAUAGAAAUUAAAUUAAAGUCUUUGUGUGAACAAUGCAUGUUAAUGCUGAUCCAGGAGGUACUGGUGUGAUGUGAUGAAAAAGGGAAGUUAUAAUAGAUCUGAUGCACGUCAGUAGAUUAUGCUUCAGAUUCUGUUUCUGCAGCACAGCUUCACUCCAUCUCUAAUCAGCAGCAGGAGUUACAACCGGAAACUUGGGAUCUAAACAGGAGUUUCCCACACUUUCUGCUCUCAGGAAGGUUGAUGUUCCUUAUUGAAUGAAAAUAUGAACAUCUGGACAGCAGAGAAAAUAAUUAUUCUUGGUUUUCUGUUGAAAGGUGUUUGCUGUAGAGAUUUCAACAUCAGUUUGGCAGGAAAUAUUGAAGCUCUCAGUGGAUCAUGUGUGAUCAUAAAGUGCAGGUUUGAGAUUAAUGAAACAUAUGACAAAGACCUCACAGAAAGUGCAGCUACAGGAUUGUGGCUCAAAGAUGGAACAAAUGGGGUUAACAAUCAAGUGUUUAAUUCCAGUGAUCCCAAACCUAAGUUCAGUGGGAAAAUAACUGGAAAACUACACGAAAAGAACUGCACCACUGUCUUUUACAAUAUUACUUCAAAUCAUAAUGGUAAAUAUUACUUCAGGAUUGAGGGCAAUGGUGGACUGAAAUGGACCUAUGCUAAAGAGUCAACUUCAAUAAAUGUGAUCGACUCUCCCCCCAAACCUAUAGUGCAGCUGUAUGUGGAGCAGAAGGAGGUGCAGGAUCAGGAGGAGGUGUUGGAGGUGUUGGAGGGGAGCUCUGUGAGUCUGCGCUGCUCUGCUGAGACUCUCUGCUCCUCUCCUCCACCAACUCUCACAUGGAGCUCCACUCCCAGAAUCCCCCUCAGUGAGAGCAGCAGACUACAGGAGCUCAUCUCUGAUCUGAACUUCACUGCUACUCACCGUCAACACAGAGUCACUUUCACCUGCACUAUAACCUACCAGCUACAGGACGAGAACAAAACAGCACAGAACAACAUCACAUUACAUGUUCAGUAUUCGCCUAAAAACACAUCAGUGUCUGUGAUUCCCUCCAGCUCUGUGUUGGAGGGCAGUUCAGUGACUCUGAUCUGCAGCAGUGAUGCAAAUCCAGCAGUGUUGAACUACACCUGGUCCAGAGAGAGUGAAGGACAGUUGGAGCAGCUGCAGACUGGACACACUCUUACCUUCAAUAGGACCGACCUGAAACACAGAGGCUGGUACCACUGUACAGCUCAGAACCAACAUGGCAGCCAAAACUCAUCAGUGAUGCUGGACACUGAGUAUGCCCCAAAAAACACAUCAAUUUCAGCAAUUCCCUCCAGCUCUGUGUUGGAGGGCAGUUCAGUGACUCUGAUCUGCAGCAGUGAUGCAAAUCCAGCAGUGUUGAACUACACCUGGUCCAGAGAGAGUGAAGGACAGUUGGAGCAGCUGCAGACUGGACACACUCUUACCUUCAAUAGGACCGACCUGAAACACAGAGGCUGGUACCACUGUACAGCUCAGAACAAACAUGGCAGCCAAAACUCAUCAGUGAUGCUGGACAUUCAGUGUGAGUAUUUUAUAACCCAUUUUACUUUCUCAGAUUCUUUAGCACCUUAAAGUCAAUUAUAAAAUGGAUUGUUUCAGUCCUGGAUGCUGAUUGUAGGUUUAGUCGAUGUAUCAGCUCAAUAGUUUGGAUAUAUUCUUCAAACAUUCUUUCAUGACAGUGUUUUUUUGCCAUUUCAAAUCUGUAUGAAUUUCUUUCUUCUGUAGAACACUAAAGAAGAUAUUUUGAUUUUACUCAUACAAUGAAA